AUGCGCUUCUUCUGGACCGACACGAUCUUCGAUCCUGACGAGGAGACUAGCGGCGACACCCACGGCCAGCGCCGCUACGUCGAAGAGAAGGGACCAUUCGGCCGCUCCACGCGCCGCCGCGGACUUUCGCGCAGCAAGACGACCGGCACACCUGCGCGCAAGGAAGACCAGAACCGCGUGGCGAACCUGAAAGCCAUCGACGAGAUCUUCACGCAAGUCAAAGCCUCUGCCCCCAAGACCGCCGAGCAGCCACCCACCGCCGCGCCGCAACCAUCGCAAGCCACUGCCGGCGCGCCUGCGCUCCCGGCUACCCAGUCAUCGGUCGUGAAGGAGCCUACCGAGGUGAUACUAUAUGGUUUCAGCAGCGAGACACAGUGGGCGGCUAUCGAAUUCUACGAGCGCAUCUCGGAGGGCAUCGUGUACGAGGACUACGACCGGCACCCGCCCUCAGCUAGGUACAACACGUCCCUGAGCAUUACCCGAACGGCCGCGGCACGCAGCCUGUCUGCCGCAGCUCUGCGCAAGAAGAACACGUACUGUGGCGGCGAGCACUGGAUCAAGGUGACCUUCGACUCGCCCGAGGCCGCAGACCGGGCAUGCCACUACUCCCCGCACGUCCUACACGGCCAUGCCGUCUACGCCGAGCUCUUCCGCGGCGCCGGCCCGGCGCGCGACAUCGCCAUCCCCUCCUCGCAUGCCGGCUUCACAGACGUCGAGACGAGCCCCAGCAACACGACGACGACGCUGCGCGGCGGCCCCUCGGGCCUGAGCCCCUCGCGCUCCUCCGACACGGCCUCGUCCGCCACCGUGACCGCAUCCGGCCCUUCGACCCUCCGCAGACGCCCUUCCGCCCGCACCGCGCAGUCUGCGCCCGCCACGACCGCAGCCACGCCGCAGACGUCCUUCUCCUCGACCGCGACCGCCACGCUCAGCGCUCAAACGCCUGGCGCCGCGCCGGCUGAUGUUGCGCCAGCCGCUCCGCCGCCACUGCGCGUACGCGGUGCGAAGCGCGCUGUGCUGCUGCCGGCGGAGCAGGCAUUGCUGCCUGUGGGCAACAAGUGGCAGCAGCUGCUUGGCUCACUCCCGCUCAUUAGGCUAUUCGUGGGCGGUAGCACCGAAGUCAUUGGCAACGAGGUACCUCGCAAGGACGACGGCAGCUUCGACUGGGAGGUCGCGAGCAUGUACUGGAAGGUGUGGGCUUGGCUGGACUACUGGUUUGGAACCGACUUUUUGGGACUCAGUGGUGACGACUAG